CUGAGGGCACGUUGUGAAAGUUCUGACCAUUCUUCACAUAACUUUCUUUCUGAUCUCUUCCGGAGUUUAACAUGGGAGCUUCUCAGUCUGGACGACUGCAUAUGUUCCAAGAUCUGGCUGAUAAAACUGGCUUUUCCACAGAGCAGAUAAAUAACCUCCAUAUCAGAUUUAUGUACCUGACUCAAGAUGAAGACACUUUAAGACGUGAACACCUUGAGAAUAUUAGCAAUUUGGCUCUCAACCCAAUCCGAAGACAGAUCGUUGAGGCUUUCUUUGAUAAAAGGAACUUGGGUGAAAAAGAGAAGGGCUGUCUGCAGGAGAUUGGUUUUGAGGAAUUCGUUACGAUCCUGUCCUUCUUCAGACCACCCAAACCAAACACUGCUGAGUGUUUGGAGAUGAAAGAGAUGAAAAACAUCAAGAAGGAGAAACUACGCUUUCUAUUCAACAUGCAUGACACUGAUAAUGAUGGCGUCAUCACGCUGGAUGAAUACAGACAUGUGGUGGAGGAGCUGCUGUCCAGCUAUGAAACUAUAGGAGCAGAAACCACCAAAGCCAUUUCAGAUGCUGCCAUGCUGGAGGUGGCAAGUGUCACAGUGGGUCAGAUGGGUCCUGAUGAAUUUUACGAGGGAAUCACCUUUGAACAGUUCAUGCAGAUAUUGAAAAAUGUAGAGAUCGAGACCAAGAUGAAUAUUCACUUCAGGAAAAUGGACAAAAGAACGAUGCAAUGUGGGAAAUGAGAGUCACUUCAACUUCACAGCAGCACUUUAUUUUCAACACAGUCUUUAUUUUAGACCUAAACAUGUCAAAUUUGUAUCAUGGAUAUAACUCUUAGUAUCGAGUUCUUUCUCUGAAAUAUCUUAAAUGCUUAAGUUAUGGAGGAAGGGAUUAUGAUGAAUCGAGACCAAACCAAAUGUGCAAAGUAUUUAUAUAUAUUUGGAAGACAUUUAUCAACCACAUGAAGCCCGGAUAUUUUUGUGACUUCAUAUAUUUACAUAUGUACAAUGCAAGACAUUUGGAUUCAUACAUACUUUCAGAUGCAUGUAACAGUGGAAUUGAGCCAAGUGAUCAUAAAUUUCCCUUCUGAGCAAAGUGCUGGUUUUAUAAUGGAGGAAGUCUUGGAAAUCAACAGUCUAACCAAUGCUUAAACACUCCACACCCUCUUAUAAUUUACCUCAAAAACAACAGGAAGAGAUUAUUUUGUUGCCCUUGUGCCUUUGCCCUCUUUUUACUUUUUAUAUAUUAUAUAUCUGGCUCCCUUCUACCACAGUUACAUAUUAAUAUUUAUCACAGGGGUGUUUAUAGUUCUUACAGCAACAGCAUUUACUGUAGGAUAUUAAAGUACGAUAAUUUUGUAUUUUAUUGUUAAUUGAAACUCUUGGCACUAACAGUAAUCUUUCUUUAUAUUAAAAUUAAUAAAAAUGAAAGUUUUAAAA